AUGACUGGUAUGAAUGAUCAUAAUGCCGCUAUUCCUCAGCAAACUCCAAGGAAACAUGCGCUAUCUUCUAAAGUUAUGCAACUUUUUAGAAGUGGUUCAAGAUCAUCUAGGCAAGGAAAGCCUUCAUCGAACAUCCAACCACCUUCUAAUAUAAACACAAACGUUUCAUCAGCGUCUAAAUCAGCCAAACUUGGCUUGCAUACCCCAACCUCUGCUACUGCUAGAGGAGUUUCUACUUCUGCCAAUACUGCAGGUGUGAGUAAAACGGGCAUGUACAUGCCCGAAUAUUAUCAGUCGGCAUCACCAUCCCACUCCAGUUCGUCCGCAUCAUUAAAUAAUCAUAUCGAUAUUAACACCUCUAAAUCAUCAUCAGCUGCCUCUUUAACUUCAUCGGUAUCAGCUCUAUCCUUAUCACCCACAUCAGCCAUAAAUAUUAGCUCCAAAAGUUUGAGUCCAAAAUUCUCCCAUCACAGUAAUUGUAAUACUGCCAUUACACCUGCCCCUACUCCUACUGCUUCGAGUAUUAAUAAUGUAAAUAAGAUAACCAAUACAAGUGCACCUAUUUGUGGGAGAUUUCUCGUGCACAAAGAUGGUACGCAUGAACACCACUUGAAAAAUGCUAAGAGACAAGAGAAGCUGAGCACAAUGAUUAAAAACAUGGUUGGUGCAAGCAAAUUACGUGGUGAGGCAAAAUCUGCUGUCCCUGAUAUAAUAAUGGAUCCGAAGACUACUUUAAAGUCUAACAAGAAUCCUCCUACCCUUUUUGCAGGUUUUAUGAAGCAAGUUGUAGACAUGGACGAUAAAUAUCCAGAAGGUACACCCGUAAAUGGCACUUUGAAUGGUUCUGAAAGGGAUAUAAACAGGUCCGAACAAAACGAAUCUAAGAAUAAUGCACAUAGUACCACGUCUACUAAAAGAGAUACCCAAUGUUUUGCCGAAAAGUAUGGCCGCUGCCAAGAAGUCCUUGGCAAAGGUGCUUUUGGUGUAGUAAGAAUAUGUCAAAAGAAAAAUGUUUUGUCCCAGGAUGGUAAUAAAAGUGAAAAGCUUUACGCAGUGAAAGAGUUUAAGCGUAGAGCAUCUGAAUCUGCGGAAAAGUAUUCUAAGAGAUUAACUUCUGAGUUUUGCAUUUCUUCCUCAUUACACCAUACAAAUAUUGUUACUACACUAGACCUUUUCCAAGACGCUAAAGGCGAGUACUGCGAAGUAAUGGAAUAUUGUGCUGGUGGCGAUUUAUUCACUUUAGUCGUUGCCGCUGGAAAAUUAGAAUAUAUGGAAGCCGACUGUUUCUUCAAACAGCUCAUAAGAGGUGUUGUUUACAUGCAUGAAAUGGGUGUUUGUCAUAGAGAUUUGAAGCCCGAGAACUUACUGCUCACGCACGACGGUGUGUUAAAAAUAACAGAUUUUGGUAACAGUGAAUGUUUUAAGAUGGCAUGGGAAAAGAACAUUCACCUUAGUGGAGGUGUUUGUGGCUCAUCGCCAUACAUCGCCCCAGAGGAAUAUAUUAAAGAAGAGUUCGACCCAAGACCCGUAGAUAUAUGGGCGUGUGGUGUCAUUUAUAUGGCAAUGAGAACUGGCAGACAAUUGUGGAGUUCUGCUGAAAAGGACGAUCCAUUUUAUAUGAAUUAUUUGAAAGGACGGAAGGAAAAAGGCGGCUAUGAGCCAAUCGAAAGUUUGAAAAGAGCCAGGUGUAGGAAUGUUAUAUAUUCGAUGUUAGAUCCCGUUCCCUAUAGAAGAAUCAAUGGGAAACAAAUUUUGAACAGUGAAUGGGGAAGGGAGAUAAAAUGCUGUCAUAAUGGGCGCGCAUUGAAAUAG